AUGGCGAUGGCGACGCAGAAUCCGUCCGAGAUCAGGAAGCUCGUGCAAGAGCUAGAGGAAGCUCGAAAGAUGAGUAAGGGUGCCAGAAAACAAUGCUUCACGUGCAAAAAGUCCACUUUCGCAGUCGCAGGCACUGCGGGGGUCACAGUGGACUCAUGGAAGUUCAUGGACUGGGAUUACAAAAUGCCAAACCUACCGAUCUACGCUCGUGGUCUGUUCACAACCGAAAGGAAGGACAAAACUCCGGAAAUUGCCGUGCGUGGCUACGACAAGUUCUUCAACAUCGGCGAAGUCAAGGAUACCGAGUGGCGCAACAUUGAGAACAAGACGAAAGGCCCUUAUGAGCUGAGCGUGAAAGAGAAUGGAUGCAUCGUCUUUAUCUCCGGCUUGGAGGACGACAAGUUGCUGGUCUGCAGCAAGCACUCGACGGGACACCGGAGUGACAGCGCCAAAAGUCACGCGCAGGUUGGCGAGGAAUGGGUGGAAAGAUGUGUGUCGGGCCUGGGGAAAACAACAAAGGACCUAGCUCGCACUCUGCGUCAGAUGAAUGUCACCGCUGUCGGCGAGCUAUGCGACGACAGCUUCGAGGAGCAUGUCUUAGCUUACGAUCAGACUGCCGCCGGCAUUUACCUUCAUGGGUUGAAUUACAACCAGACCGAAUUUGCAACCAUGUCGGGGGACAAAGUUCAUGAAUUCGCAGAUGCUUGGGGGUUCAAGAAAGCGAAGUAUGUCGUGUACGAUGACAUUACCGCCGUGAGACAGUUCCUAGAGAGCUGCGCAGAGACUGGUACCUGGGAUGGGCGCGAAACAGAAGGGUUCGUGGUCCGGUGCCAGAUCAGCGAUCGAGAUAGCGGAUAUCGCGAUUGGUUCUUCAAAUACAAAUUUGAAGAGCCCUACUUGAUGUACCGUCAGUGGCGCGAGUGCACCAAGGCAGUGAUUUCCGGAAAACUCCCAAAAAUCAAGAAACACCGCGGGAUCACAGAAGAAUAUCUCAACUUUGCGCGUAGGGAGUUCAUGAAGAAUCCCCAACUAACGGAGGAGUACCAACACAACCACGGCAUUAUCUCUUUGCGAGAGAAAUUCCUCCAGGAACGAGGCCUCAAGGGAUCUGAAAUCAUUGCUAUGGAAGAGGAGAGUAACAUGGCCAAAGAAGCCACCAAAAAUGUCAUUCUUGCCCCCAUUGCAUCUCUCGGCUGUGGAAAGACGACCGUUGCCCUCGCUCUUGUUUAUCUGUUUGGUUGGGGCCAUCUCCAGAACGACAACAUUCCGAAGCAGAAGGGAAAGCCUCAGAAGUUUGCGUUCGAGAUCACCAAAGCUUUGGCGACUCAUCCUGUGGUCAUUGCUGACCGCAACAAUCACCAGCGUCGGGAGCGACAGCAAUUGAUGGAUGAUACCUUCCCUGUUGUCCCCGACGCCCAGUUUGUCGCCCUCCACUACGUCCACGAGCCCAAGUCCGAAUUUCUUCCAGCUAUCAAGGAAGUGACUCGCAAGCGAGUGCUUGAGCGAGGUGACAACCACCAGACCAUUCGAGCUGGCAGCAAGAAUCAGCAGGAAAUCGUGGGCAUCAUGGAUGGAUUUCUGACUCGUUUCGAAGGAGUCCACGCCGACCGGGCUCCAGAUAUGAAUUUCCAGCAUGUCAUUGACCUCGAUGUCUGCUCAUCCUCUCGUGAGAAUCUUGAGACUGUCGUUAGAGCAUUGCACAGUGCAUAUCCACGUCUGGUCCCAAAUAUGCCUUCUGCCGAGGAGCUCGACAAGGCGAUUGAAGCUGCGCUGACAGACUAUCACGUCCAGGAGGACUUGAGCAAAGGCUACAGUGCACCAAAGACAAAGAAACAGAAGAACUCCAUUGUACCCGUCAUGUCACAGAAAGGAGUCCAGCCGAAAAGCCCUGAGGCUCUGGUCCAGAAAUCGGAAUACUUUGGGGUUUCGGUCCCUAGCUCAACGAUCACUGCCACGCUUCAAUCUCUCUUCAACAACAAAUCACCAGAGCUCGCCCGUUUCUACCAUUAUCUCCGCGAAUCACGCCGUCUUCAACCUGCAUUCCACGUCACUCUGAUCCAUCGUGCCUCUUCCCGAGAUCGCGCCGAGAUCUGGGACCGCUACACGAAACAGUUCAUUCGCUUCUUGAAGUCGAAUCCAGAUCACGAUCUCGCCAUCAGCCCUCCCCAGCUCGGCCGCGCCCAGGUGCGCCUCGAGCGCCUGAUUUGGGAUGACAAGUUGAUGGCCUUCGUGGUACGCCUGCUGCCUAUUGAAGGGGAAACAGGUGAAGGCGUUGCGAACGCGGAUGAAGGUCUACCGUGCGCGAACCGGGUCCCUCAUAUCACGGUGGGCACUGCUUCACAGGCUGUGAAACCAAAGGAGAGUAACGACCUGCUCCAGCGAUGGCUUCAGGUGGGAUCGGGUGGUGAUACGGGCAUCCACGAGCUGGAGGUUCCUAAUGUGCUGGUCGUGGAAGGAACGAUUCACCCUGUUAUGAUGCGUGGGAAGUAA